UUUCAACAUAGCUUAAAGUUACAAAUAUUUUAUUCAAAUAUUUCGUAUAUUUUAAUAACAUGGUAUAUGUAUCAAGGAAACAUGAGUCAAAAACAGGCCACUUUUGGUUCGAUCGCUAGUCGGCAUAACAAAAAUCAACCCUUCUUGAAACGCCCUACACUUUCUCUCUUCAUCAUCCUUGUCGGCGAUCGUUCCAUCCAUCUGGUUUUUCCAUACAUUCUUGAUUUACAACGAUGAUUUACCUGUUCUUCGCGGUUUUAUUCAUCGAAAUGUUGACGAUUCUGUUACUUUUGUUCAAAACCCCACUCCGAAAGCUUUUGAUAAUCGGGUUAGAUCGUGCGAAACGGGGAAGAGCUCCAUUGGUUGUAAAAUCCGUCGCCGCCACCUUCUUCAUCAUGAUGAUGUACAACGUUUACACCGUAAUGGAAAUCCAGAGGCGCCCCGCCGACGUCAAUAAUCCCACCGAUCAAAUCAUCCUCGCUUACCACAUGCUCGAAGCUGCUCUCAUGGGAUUCUCGCUUUUCCUAUCACUAAUGAUAGAUCGACUCCACCAUUACAUUCGUGAGCUUCGAAUACUGAGAAAAACAAUGGAAACCACAAAGAAACAAAAUCGAGCAGCUGAAGAGUUUAAGAACAAAGGAGCAGAUGAAGUGAGACAUCUGAAUGAAGAAAUGAUAAGAAUGAGGGGAGAAAUGAAGAAACUGGAAACCAAAUAUUCAGCAAUGGAAAAAGAAGUGAAAUCUGCAGAAGCCAAUUCUCUUGCACUUAAGCAUCAAUCUGAAGGAUUCCUUCUUGAAUAUGAUCGCUUGUUGGCUGAAAACCAGAAUCUUAGAGAUCAACUUCGUGCCAUUGAUGAUAGCUUGUCUCAUGCCAAUGGAAAGAAGGAUACAUGA